UCUGGAGGUAGUUCGUCCGGAGGAGGAGGAGGUCAAGGCGGACUAUUCGGCGGGAGCUCAGGUCUAUUUGGCAGCCUAAGGCGACAGGGCAGGCUCGGUGGCAGGCUUGGUACGUCUGGUGGGCGAUUCGGCUCUAUGUUCGGCGGAAGCGGUGGAGGAUCUGGCGGCAGUUCCGGCGGCGGAUCGGGACUUUUUGGCGGAGGAUCGGGAAGCUCGGGCGGCGGAUUCGGAGGCUCGAGUGGAGGAUUGGGUUUAUUUGGCGGAAUGAGAAGCCGCUUCAGUCGUCGGAGGGGUGGGUUAGGUAGAAGGUUUGGCUUAGGCGGAUCCAGUAGACAAGGCGGUCGACAAGGGGGGCGGGGCGGCAUGAGUCGAUGGAGCAGCUCAUACGAUGCACAGGGUGGACAGGAAGGAGGGGGUAGUCAGAGUAUGUGGGGCGGCAGUGGAAGAGGAGGCGGCUCGGGAGGUCAAAAUGGACAAGGAGGACGGGGCGGCAUGAGUGGAUGGAGCAGCUCAUACGAUGGACAGGGUGGACAGGGGGGAUGGGGUAGUCAGAGUAUGUGGGGCGGAAGUGGAAGAGGAGGCGGAUCGGGAGGUCAAAAUGGACAAGGAGGACAGGGCGGCAUGAGUGGAUGGAGCAGCUCAUACGAUGGACAGGGUGGACAGGGGGGAUGGGGUAGUCAGAGUAUGUGGGGCGGCAGUGGAAGAGGAGGCGGAUCGGGAGGUCGAAAUGGACAAGGAGGGCAAGGCGGCUGGAGCUGGCGUAGCAGUCCUCAAUACUUUUACUGGACAUCAUACGGUCCCCAGAGGGGCUGGGGCUCCCAAGGUGGGUAUGGAAGUGACUCUGACGACGGAUUCGGAGGCGGAUACAGUGGUAUGUUUGGAAGUGGGGGCGGGAGCUCAGGCGGUGGUGGAUUUGGAGGCGACUCCAGUGGUGGGUCCGGUAGCGGUUCCGGAGGAUGGGAAAGUGGUUCAGGGUUAUUCGGAGGGGGAUCCGGUGGCGGUUCAGGAUUUUUCGGAUCCGGAGGAGGAGGAUUAGGUGGUAGCUCUGGAGGUAGCUCUGGAGGAGGAUAUGGAGGUAGCUCUGGAGGAGGAUAUGGAGGUAGCUCUGGAGGAGGGUCAGGAGGCAGCUCUGGAGGAGGAUAUGGAGGUAGCUCGGGAGGAGGGUCAGGAGGAUUUGGAGGUGGUUAUGGCGGGGGAUCCUCUGGAAGUGGAGGCUCGUCGGGACAAAGUGGGGGCUUCUGA